AGGAGAGAGACUAAUAGUGAGUGAGUGAGUCUGUAGACAGAAGAAGAGGGAUGUGGAGACAGCAAGAGAGCGAGAGGGAAAGAUAGAAGUGAGAUUCAGAGGCGACGCCUUGGACUUGGGAAGAGAAGGCAGAGGGAAUAUAUUCAGGAUUGGGUUUUGCUUGCUGCUUGACAUGUAUUUCAGAUGGGUUACACUGGUGCUCUGCAUUGCAGGAGUGAAGGAGGACAGAGUUUGGGCCAAACUGCAGACAGAUAGCGCUUCCAUUGGUGUCGAACAAUGGUCGGACGAUGCAGCCGGAGAAGCCUCCAAAGUCCAGAGCUCAGCACAAGGUGGAGAAAGGAAGAGCAGGGAGGUCCAUGCGGGAGAUCUUACCAUAGACACCCUACCCGACAACAUGACACACUUGGUGGAGGACUCUCGUAAUUACUACACACAGCGUAGCUUCGGCCCUGACGACCGGCGCGCUGGUGCAUUCUGGGUAGAUAUGGAUGACCUGCAGCACGGCCAAGUUAGAAUGCACGGGCUCCUGUCAAACACACACAAGCAGGCAGCGAGGGUGGCCCUGUCGUUUCCCUUCCCCUUCUACGGACAUUACCUGAAGCAGAUCACCAUAGCAACAGGAGGCUUUAUUUUCAUGGGGGACGUCACUCACCGUAUGCUGACCGCCACGCAGUAUGUCGCCCCGCUGAUGGCUAACUUCGACCCCAGCUCCGCCAAAGAGUCCACUGUGCAGUACCUGGACAACGGUGAAGUGUUUGUGGUACAGUGGGAGCGCGUCAGGCUUCACGGUAGAGAUUCAGAGGGGGAAUUCACCUUCCAGGCCGCUCUGUACAGAUCGGGAACCAUCACCUUCAGCUACAGAGAUAUUCCCUUGUCCAUAGAGCAGAUCAUCUCAGGUCAGCAUCCAGUGAAGGCAGGUCUGUCUGAUGCUUUCAUGGUCGUGAAGCCAUCAUCUAAGACUGCAGAUGCAAGACAACGCACAAUCUAUGAGUACCAUCGGGUUCAAAUAGACACAGCAAAGAUCACAAACAAUUGUGCCUUUGAGUUUACUGCACUGCCAAGUUGCCUUCAACAUAACAGCUGUGAACUAUGCUUGUCAGCCAAUCAUACCCUUGGCUGUAAAUGGUGCCAUGUGCUGCAAAGAUGUUCGGAUGGCAUGGACCGACACAGACAGGAGUGGCUGGAUUAUGCUUGUUCAGAGAAGGACGACAUCAGAUGUGAGGACUACUCCAGAGGGGAGACUGAGGCCUCGCUCCGUCCUUCUUCCAAGCCAGACCGCGCCACGACCGGCCCGAUUCUACACGACUGUAAAAGUAACGACGUGAAGUCGGCUAUUCCAAAGAACACAAACCGGUUCGCUAGCGCAGGCGCUACGGCAGGCGUCGUAGCGGGCGUUGCUUUGCUCCUGGCUCUGCUGGUGCUGGCUCUGUUCUUGCAUCGUCACCCUACCCCCUCCCACCACCUCCGUCAGCAACGCAAGAACUACUGGCCAUCCCUGAAGUUCCACAAGCAAGGACUUCAGCCUGGUUACACCGAAAUGGAGGGAAACCACGACCGAGAGAUCAUUGUGGAGAAUGGGUCAUAAUGAGAGGCCAGAUAUCAUCACAGGGAAACAACCUCAAUUUAAUGGGGAAAUAUGAUGUUGUAAAAUGUGGUAUCCCAAACCUAUUAAAUCCUAGUCUACAGAUAUCAAAUUAUUGUUUGAUUAAAAUGUAUUUGAGAUCCUUACUGUUUAAUG